AUGAAGAUGUCUAACGCUGACAUCGUCUUAAACGCCACCGAUCGGAUGGUGAAAUCGGUCCCCUUCCCCCUGAGCCACCGCCUCACUUUGAAGGAAGUGUUUGACUCAGAAGGCAAGCCUCGGGUGGAUCUCCUGAAGGCCCACCUCACCAAGGAGGGCCGAGUGGAGCAGGCUGUGGCGCUGCGCAUCAUCGAUGAGGGGGCAGCCAUCCUGCGACAAGAGAAAACCAUCCUGGACAUCGAGGCACCGGUUACAGUGUGUGGGGACAUCCAUGGGCAAUUCUUUGAUCUUAUGAAGCUGUUUGAAGUGGGAGGAUCACCAGCGACUACGCGCUACCUGUUCCUCGGGGACUACGUUGACCGCGGCUACUUCAGUAUUGAGAUGUUUCGUCCAUCUUUAUAUACAGUCUAUUCUUGGAUCCUUUGCACAUGUAAUAACAUUUUGUCUAUGUGUUUGUUUCAACAGUGUGUUUUAUACCUUUGGUCGCUGAAAAUCCUCUAUCCAAAGACUUUAUUUUUACUUCGUGGAAAUCAUGAAUGUAGACAUUUGACAGAAUAUUUCACCUUCAAACAAGAAUGUAAAAUCAAGUACUCAGAGCAGGUCUAUGACUCAUGUAUGGAUGCAUUUGACUGCCUUCCCCUGGCUGCACUCAUGAACCAGCAGUUUCUGUGUGUCCAUGGUGGACUCUCACCUGAAAUACACACCUUAGAUGACAUUAAAAAGCUGGACCGAUUCAAGGAGCCACCAGCUUUCGGGCCCAUGUGUGACCUGCUGUGGGCUGAUCCUCUGGAAGACUUUGGCAAUGAGAAAACCCAGGAAUACUUCAGCCACAACACAGUGCGAGGCUGCUCUUAUUUCUACAGUUAUCCGGCCGUCUGUGAGUUCCUACAGAGCAAUAACCUAUUAUCAAUUAUUCGAGCGCAUGAAGCACAAGAUGCAGGCUACCGCAUGUACCGCAAAAGUCAGACGACUGGAUUCCCCUCGCUCAUCACCAUCUUCUCAGCGCCCAACUACCUGGAUGUUUACAACAACAAAGCUGCUGUACUGAAGUAUGAAAAUAACGUCAUGAACAUCCGACAGUUCAACUGCUCCCCCCAUCCCUACUGGCUGCCCAACUUUAUGGACGUGUUCACCUGGUCUCUGCCAUUUGUGGGAGAGAAGGUCACAGAAAUGCUGGUGAAUGUGCUGAGCAUCUGCUCUGAUGAUGAACUCAUGAUGAAUGAUGAAGAAGAAGAAGAGAUCUUUGAUGCCAAUGCAGCUGCCGCACGUAAGGAGGUGAUCAAGAACAAGAUCCGAGCUAUUGGGAAAAUGGCCAAAAUGUUCCAAGUUCUCAGAGAGGAGAGUGAAAAUGUGUUGACGCUGAAGGGCCUGACGCCCACUGGCAUGCUGCCGAGCGGGGUUCUCUCUGGAGGCAGACAGACACUGCAGAGCGCCACCAUUGAAGCCAUUGAAGCCAUCGAGCCGCAGGAUGAGGACGGAGAAGCGAUCCGUGGCUUCUCCCCCCAGCACAAGAUCAACAGCUUUGCAGAGGCCAAGGGCCUGGACCGCAUCAACGAGCGCAUGCCACCUCGCAGGGAUGGGGUGAACCAUGUGGGUCAAUCCAUGGGGAAGAUGAAUAUGUCGGAGGCAAAUGGCACGGAUGACAACAGCAACAUCCAGUGA